CUUGGAGCGCGCAACGCCAUAAACAAUUUGUAAAAUUGUAAAUUUGCAAUUCUUGGGAUUGGGAAGUGGAACUGCAACUGCAGUUGCAAAGUGUACAUAACUAACUUGUGCGAAACAAGAACGUGCCCUAGGCAUACAUAAUAUAUAUAUAUAAUAUACAAAUAUGUCGCUCACACUUUGGAAUUCAAGAUUUUCGAUAACUUUGGUGCGCCAGCAUUCGUCGAUAUUUACGUCAGCUUCUUCGACAAUAACAGCUGCAAAUAAUUCACACUAUCACACGAUCAAUUCAAAUUCCCAACUACAACAUCGAAGAAAUCUGACAAAUAUGAAGCCAACAAACCAAAGUGCUGCAGAGAAGAGUGGCAAUAAACGCAGCUCUCAAUCAGGUAACCGAAAUGCACGCAAUACUUCCCUCGAAAGUUCCACUAGUGAUACUGGUCUCAAUGUGCCGCCCUUUAAUCAUCCGCACUGCGAUAGACAGGCUAUGUACCAGCAGCCGGUGCGAAAAGUUAAGCCCCUUAGAGGUAACUAUGAUUACGAUCUGGUUGUGAUUGGUGGCGGCUCUGGUGGAUUGGCCUGUGCCAAGGAGGCUGUGGCCCAUGGUGCACGUGUUGCCUGUCUGGACUAUGUGAAGCCAACACCAACUGGCACCAAAUGGGGCGUUGGCGGCACCUGUGUCAAUGUCGGUUGCAUACCAAAGAAACUGAUGCAUCAAGCCUCGCUCCUGGGUGAAUCCGUGCACGAGGCAGCCGCUUAUGGCUGGAAUGUGGAUGAGAAGAUCAAGCCCGACUGGAGCAAACUCGUCACCUCGGUGCAGAAUCACAUCAAGUCAGUCAACUGGGUGACACGAGUCGAUUUGCGUGACAAGAAAGUCGAGUACAUUAAUGGCUUGGGCUCCUUUGUGGACUCACACACACUGUCCGCCAAGCUAAAGAGCGGCGAUCGCACAAUCACCGCCCAGACCUUUGUGAUCGCUGUCGGCGGUCGUCCACGCUACCCGAACAUCCCCGGUGCCGUCGAGUAUGGCAUCACCAGCGACGACAUCUUCAGUCUGGAUCGGGAGCCCGGCAAGACGCUUGUUGUGGGCGCCGGCUAUAUCGGUCUGGAGUGUGCUGGCUUUUUAAAGGGUCUCGGCUAUGAACCCACUGUGAUGGUGCGUUCAAUUGUGCUGCGCGGCUUUGAUCAACAGAUGGCCGGCUUGGUAGCCGCCUCCAUGGAGGAACGUGGCAUUCCUUUCCUGCGAAAGACGGUGCCCCUGUCCGUUGAGAAGCAGCCCGAUGGCAAGCUGCUGGUGAAGUACGAGAACACGGAGACGGGCGAGGUAGACAGCGAUGUCUUCGAUACAGUUCUAUGGGCAAUUGGCCGCAAGGGUCUCGUUGAUGAUCUGAACCUGCCCAAUGCCGGUGUGUUGACGCAGAAGGACAAGAUCCCUGUGGACAGCGAGGAGACGACCAAUGUACCGCACAUCUAUGCUGUUGGUGAUAUUAUCCAUGGCAAGCCGGAGCUCACGCCUGUCGCCGUAUUGGCCGGCCGCCUGUUGGCGCGUCGCCUCUACGCGGACUCGGACCUGCGCAUGGACUAUGCUGAUGUGGCCACUACUGUGUUUACCCCACUUGAGUAUGCCUGCGUCGGACUCAGCGAGGAGGAUGCCGUUAAGGCAUAUGGUGCCGAAGAGAUCGAGGUAUUCCACGGUUACUACAAGCCCACGGAGUUCUUCAUUCCCCAGAAGAGCGUGCGCUAUUGCUAUGUUAAGGCUGUGGCCCAGCGAACUGGCGACCAGCGUGUCUAUGGCCUGCAUUAUCUGGGCCCCGUGGCCGGUGAGGUUAUUCAAGGCUUUGCUGCCGCAAUCAAGUCUGGUUUGACCAUUCCCACGUUGAUGAACACGGUGGGCAUUCACCCAACCACCGCGGAGGAGUUCACCCGUCUCAGCAUCACCAAGCGCUCUGGCUUGGACCCCACACCCGCUAGCUGCUGCAGCUAAACAGGAGAGCUCCCAUCUCAACGCAUUAUCCAACACGCCCAACAACAAACCCCAAACACAAAAACCCCAGCAAAAGCAAACAUGGCCCAACUCUGGGAGUCACCAACGAAUUAGACAGUUGCCGCUGUUUAGCGAUAGAAUUUCAAGUUUUUAUCUAGUUUCGAUAGAAUCACACAACAACACAAUACACUCACACACACACACACGCAUACAAUAGCUGAGUUAAUGCACAGAAUGGCGAGAUUAAGGGCAGGACUGUGGCUUCAGUCCAACUGAAGUGGAAAAUUGUACGUGGAGCGUCUUCGAGAAAAUGGGUCUUGACCCUUUUCAACACAACGUCCGUUGAUGUUGCCGUUGUGGUCUCCUGCCUCAUGCCUCUGUGCGGCAUGCACUCAAAAUUAGAAAUUAUGUUAACGUGAGAAUUAAAAUAUGAAUGAAUAAAUCUGUAUUUUUACGGUAGAAAAAUAUAAUUUUUCACCCACUUA